AUGAAGUUGAUUCUCUCCACCUCGAAUAUCAUGCAAGGAGGGCGGCAAUCAGUUAUUCGCCAGCCAUUAACUCAAAAGUCCAACGUCGAGCUGAUAGACUCCCUGCGCUACAACUUCCUUGCGUCGCAGCACAUUACACCUACGGAGCACACCAACUGUCAUACAAAUGGCCAUACAAAUGGAACUCUCUCCUCAAAACCAGACUAUCGCACUUGGACCUCCGAACACGAAGGGGCUCUUUAUAUUCCUGAGGUCGACUUCUCCCAGCCAGGGCUGGUAGAGGAGCAGAGUCAAUACGAUAUUACGGUGAAACUUUUCUAUCUACCAGGGAUUCCGGCGUCCCGACGAUGUGCACAUACCCGCGAGGCCAUUGACUUGGUAUUGAAGGAACUGCAUGUAAAAUCUAUCGAUCUGCUUAUCGUGUCAUUCCCCAGCAUUCUAUUCGAUGCCGACGAUGACAGCGACGAGGAGGAUGCUGAGCAGAGCAGUGGAGAACCGGACGAAUUUGACAGUAUGGUCCAGACAUGGCGAGUACUGGAGUCAGUGCAUGAGCAAGGAAUGAUCGCGCAGCUGGGUGUGGCUGAGUUUGGCAGUGAGCGGUUGGCGCGCUUCCUCCCCCAUACCAAGAUCAAGCCCUGCGUCGACCAGAUCAACCUCAAGGACUGCUGUGUAGUUCCUAAGUCGUUGAUCCUCUACGCCAAACAGGAACAGAUCCAGCUUCUCACCCAUAAUGACUGCAAUGAUAUUCUCCCAUGCGGUACCACGCGGGAGCUCCUAGGGCCUGGGGAGGGCGGUGCAGGCAUCCUGGCAUCAGCUCCAGAAGCCAAUGAUGGAAUUCAGGGAGACCUCGAGCCACAGUGGGUGGUUAAGUAUACUGCUGUCAUCAAGGAUCGCGGAGUGGUCGAGAACAAGGGAUAUAUCGCUCUGGCAGAACUGGACACACGCUUCAAGCCCCAACCAUGA